AUGUCGGCGGCCGAGGGCGGGUGCGGCGCGGCCGCGGCGAGCGGGGAGCGCGGCUGGUCCCGCCGCUCGGUCGAGAGCAUCCCUCUGCGGGCCACCCUGCGGCCCGCCUCGCCUGCGCUCGGCGCCGGCUCCCGGGCCGGGGUCCGGCAGGCCACCUGCCCAGACCUCUUCGCUUCUUCUACCUCGAGCCCCAAACCUUUUGUGAUCCAGGGCGAUGCACGUUCCGCGAUGCAGAUCGUCUCCCAAUCAGCUUUGGACAUGGAACGUACGGUGUACCCAGGACAGGCCCCUGUGGAUUUAGACAUGUACCAGAGCUCCUACAUGGUGCACUUCCAGCCUUAUGGGAAGCACAGAUACUCCAGGGUCAUGCCGGGAGAGCAGGCCAAGCUCGAUGCCCAGCUCCGCUACAAAGAGUUCUAUAGGCCUGUGGCCAGCCCCAACCCCAAGCUGGAGGAUGGGUUCCCCGCCUUCGAAAGACCCCUCAUGACUGCCAGAGACCAGGGACUGCCUGGCUUCUUCCCUGCACAGGACUCUGGGGCCAGCGCGGAGUCGGAGUCGGGGUCGAGGUGCGUGCUGUCCAGCAUCUGCCCCUGGGCGUACCCGGCUUCCCCCAACCUGUGUCUGGCCCAGGGCGACCCCAAUAAGCUUCCCCAGAUCACCCACUUCCCGGGCCUCCUGGAACCCUGGCACCAACCUGCUGCAGUGGAGGACAAAGGCUACCUUCUGCUGCCUGGCUGUCCCUGUCCUCGUCACCAAAUGCUCAAGGUCCCCAUCUUGUAUCGGUGGGGGCCUCUCCUGCCAUUUUACCAGUAG